AUGGAUGAAGAGACUCCGCUGCUGAACAGAAGACGAACUUCAUCCAAUGCAGAGAUUAAAAACUCGAAGUUGUUCCUGGCCGUGUUCUCGGCCGUCCUGGGGAACUUCAGCUUCGGUUACUCCCUGGUCUACUCGUCUCCUGUCCUGCCUCGGUUCACUGGUCCUGAUGCGGAGCCCCGGCUCCGGAUGGACAGUGCGCAGGCAGCCUUGUUUGGCUCCCUCUAUUCUCUGGGCGCCGCAGCAGGUGGGCUGGGCGCCAUGCUGCUCAACGACUGCACUGGACGGAAAAUGAGCGUCAUGAUAUCAGCUGUGCCUUCAUCUGUUGGGUACAUGCUGAUGGGAGGAGCAGUGGAUUUAUGGAUGCUCCAUGUCGGUCGGUUCCUUACCGGUGUUGCUGGAGGAAUGACUGCAGCAUCCAUUCCUGUCUACAUCGCUGAGAUUUCCCAUGCAGGGGUGAGAGGAGCUCUUGGCUCCUGCCCACAGAUCACGGCUGUGGUUGGCUCCCUCGCACUUUACGCUCUUGCUUUGGUGGUACCGUGGCGGUGGCUGGCAGUUGCCGGUGGAAUUAUCCCUCUUCUGAUGGUUGUGCUGUUGUUGUUCAUGCCCUGCUCCCCCAGAAGGCUCCUCUCUCUGGGCCAGCAGAAGCAGGCUGAGCAGGCCCUCCGCUGGCUCAGGGGAAGUAGCUUCGACAUACACAGCGAGCUCAAUGCAAUACAGUACAGCAUCGACACACAGACGAGAAUCACCUGGUCCCAGCUGCGUACACCUAAGUACUACAAGCCAAUCCUCAUCUCUGUCGGGAUGCGAUUUUUGCAGCAAAUGACAGGAAUAACGCCUAUUUUAAGUUUCCUGGAGUCUAUCUUUGAUGAGAGUAAUGGCCCUUUGCCGGCAAGCGCUAAUGCUGCCAUUGUUGGUGGAGUCCGCCUCCUGUCUGUGACUCUGGCUGCCUGUUUGAUGGACAAAGCAGGACGCAAAGUCCUGCUGUACAUAUCCAGCAUGCUGAUGUUCCUGUCCACUCUGACUAUGACCCUGGUGUUUCACAACCCAGCUUGUCCACCAGGCCCCGCCCCUCCAAACGCCACUACUUUGGACUCCGGCCUUCAAAGUGACAUUGGAAACACUUUAGUUGGCAGCCAUCAAGCAGCAGCAGGCCUCAUUCCUCUAAUCAGCACUAUGGUUUUCAUAUUUGGAUACGCCAUGGGAUGGGGCCCAAUCACGUGGUUGCUAAUGUCAGAGGUGUUGCCACUGGCUGCCAGGGGUGUGGCUUCAGGUCUGUGUGUCACCGUCAGCUGGCUGACGGCCUUUACGAUCACAUACUUCUUCAAUCACUUUAUGCACGGGUACCUGUACGUGUUCUACCUGUGCUUCACCGUGGUGUGUGUCGUCUGCCUGCUGUUCAACGCUCUGUGCGUCCCAGAGACUCGCGGCCGCUCACUGGAGGAGAUCGAGGACUUUUUCAGGACAGGACAGUUCACGAUCAACCAGGAUGAACCCAGAGCAGAGUCCACCUGAAGUCAAGCAGUGAUGGGAAAAAAACAAACUGCAGAUUGUAAUGAAGCCCGCUAUAAGAUAACUAAAACACAGAUGGCCAUAAUAAUUAAAUAAAUAAAUAAAUAAAUAAAACAAAGAGAAAGGUCUCUUUGGGACUUCACUUCAUCAGAGCCAAUCAAAUUGCUUUGCAGAUGACUGACAAUGUUCGACAGUGCUUCUGUAUCGU